AAGGACUUUAAACGCUUUCAUCCGAGGGAGAGAAGAAGGCAGAGUUUAUGAUUUCUGGUCAUUCCGUAUUAUUUUAUAGUUUUAGCUGCUUGCUUUCGUGUUCCGUGCCGUGUGUUUUCUCGCGUGCGGUAGCAUUGGUGUACGCGCGUGUUCGAGUUUGCAGUGAAUAUGUGAACAGUAGCAUCGAACGCACGCCUGGAACGAUGUGUAAAUAAAUUUACACACUCCCAACCCCUGUCGCUUGCCUCCUCGCCGCGGCAUACAGCACCCCGCACUUGGGAGGGUAAAGAGAAGCCCUGGAACUUACGAGCCAACUGGAAGCGCGUAGCUGCAGUGAAUAACAAAGAGGUGGCAUCUUCGUCGCAUUUAGUCAGUUUGUUUGCCCUACGGUUUGGUCGUGCUCCCGUUUUUGGGCGACUCCCGUUUGUCCCACUUUGCGGGUUGCCCCGGAGCACCAUUGGCAAAAGGUGUGUGUUGUCGUCGUCGUUGUGGUCUCCGCCGUCGUGUCUCUGCGUUAUGUUGUGAAGUGCCAAAGGGGGAGGCGCGUGUGUGUGUGUGUAGUGUUGCGAUCUGCCCGUCUAGGUUGGUGACGAGCGAACUGAGCGAUUGGACUAAACAACGCGCGGCGUAAGGCAAACACAUUCCAGUGGAACGUAUCAUCGAAUUUAGGCAAAGAGAGACACAACGCAAACCCGUUCCACGGGCCGAGUGGUGCCUGUCGUGUCUCAAAUCCAAUCCAGUUCUAGCUGCCACUGCUGCAUUUGCGUGUAGCAGCAAACGGUCAAGAUGUUUUCGAAGAAAAAGAAAAAGCCACAAAUUUCCUUCCCGAGCAAUUUCGAGCACCGUGUGCAUACGGGCUUCGAUAAGCGGGAAGGACGGUACGUCGGAUUACCAUUGCAAUGGGCAUCGAUCGUAGGAAACAAUCAGAUACUGAAAUCAUCAAACCGCCCACUGCCGUUGGUCGAUCCGUCCGAGAUUACACCGACCGAAAUACUGGACCUGAAGACGAUCGUGCGGCCGCACGGUUCAGCUCUCCCGGGAGCAAAUGGGCCCGCCCCGGGAGCGGUGGUGGGUUCCGAACCGGGCAAGCUCAUCCUUCCCAAAACGUCCAACGUAGCACGGUCCAAUUCGCUACGAAGCUCUAGCCCUCCGCGGGUGCGCCGUGGAGAUUUGCGUGCCAAUACUAAUGUGCCACCGUCCGUGCCGGAAGAGCCGAUACAAUCACCGCAGCAGCUCGGUGGUGGCCAGUCUCCCUUCCCCGGCAUGAACAACAACAGCUUCCCUACGAUGCCACCCGCCAAGGGAUCGGUCGCUGGCAAUUAUCCACCGAUUUCGCCCGCCGGAACAGUGCUGGAGACAAACUUUAACAACAAUUUCGAUGCACACCAUCAACAAUUACACCAACAGCAGCAGCAGCAGCACCAGUUGGCAUCGGGAAUGGCGCAGCACCAAAUGCACAUGCACCAUAUGCAGCAACAGCAGCAGCAGCAGCAGCAACAACAACAUCACAUGCAUUCCCAUCAAGCUCAAGCAGGCUCUGUUGGCGGGAGCGCACAAGCAGCAGCAGCAGCAGCAGGCCAUGCAAUUGCUCCACAUAUGAACGGUGGCAAUCUGAUAGCGGGCAGCAACAACAACAACAUGUCUACGGCUGCUUCGACCAAUGGUACAGGCUCGAACGGAAACCUCUCCAAUCCGGUCAGUGUGCUAACGGAAACGUCUUCGCUGUAUCAUAACAGAUCACAAAAAUCCUCCCCAACUGGAUCGGAUGGAAUGCAGCGCCAGUAUCCGAAUGCAGGAUACACUGGCCAGAUGCAGGGCAACAGCAAUUUCCAUGGUCCGGGUAUGCUGGGAGGUGCUGGUGGUCCACCUCCACCACUACACAGUAAACCACAGGGACCGAACCAUCCCGGACAGGACGGUCCUAUGGCAAACAAUCAGGGCACUCUCAACCAACACCACGGUCACUUGGGCGAUGCAAACAAUGGCAACCAUCUUCCACCGGGCCCACCGCAUCACCAUCACCAUCAUCACCCGCACGGUAUGAUGGGUCCAGCCGGUGGUUCGGCUGGCACUCCACAGCCGUCCGGCUCACAGCUAUCCCCAACGACCGUUCAUCACCAUCAUCAUGCCCAUCACCAUCCGACACAGCAGCAGCAGCAGCAGCAGCAGCAACAGCAAAUGCAGGCGCCAUUGCAGAUGGGCAAUAAUCAGAUGCCAAAUCACCAUCAUCACCAUAAUCACGGUGCGAAUGUACACCACCAGAAAAUGCCAUCGCCGUCCUCGGUAUCGAACGCGGGAGCUGCCGGUGCCGGUGGUCCCGCAACGGAUCCGAACCACAUCUUUACCAGCAACUCCAUCAACAACGCCAAGAGCAACUCGCGCGCAUCCAGCUCGAGCGGUGGAAACGUGUCCGUGGCGCAAAGUACCGCGUCCACCACCCAGAGCGGUCAGAGUCAGCAACAGCCGCCGGUGAAAACGGAACAAAGGCUCACCCACGAACAGUUCCGUGCCGCCCUGCAGAUGGUAGUGUCGGCCGGUGAUCCGCGCGAAAACCUGGAAAACUACACGAAAAUCGGUGAAGGUUCCACCGGUACCGUGUGUAUUGCGACGGACAAAUCAACUGGUCGUCAAGUGGCGGUCAAGCAGAUGGAUCUGCGGAAACAGCAGCGGCGUGAACUGCUGUUCAACGAGGUCGUGAUUAUGCGUGACUAUCACCAUCCGAACAUUGUGGAAACGUACAGCAGCUUCCUGGUGAACGACGAGCUGUGGGUGGUGAUGGAAUUUUUAGAGGGUGGCGCACUGACGGACAUCGUCACACAUUCCCGCAUGGACGAGGAGCAAAUCGCAACCGUGUGCAAACAGUGCCUGAAGGCUUUGUCCUAUCUCCAUUCACAGGGUGUCAUCCAUCGGGAUAUUAAGUCCGACUCGAUCUUGCUAGCCUCCGACGGACGGGUGAAGCUGUCCGAUUUCGGUUUCUGUGCCCAAGUGUCGCAAGAGCUGCCCAAACGCAAAUCGCUCGUCGGCACACCGUACUGGAUGUCGCCGGAAGUAAUCUCCCGAUUGCCGUACGGUCCGGAGGUAGACAUUUGGUCGCUCGGUAUCAUGGUGAUCGAGAUGAUCGACGGUGAACCACCGUUCUUCAACGAACCGCCACUGCAAGCGAUGCGACGCAUACGCGAUAUGCCACCGCCAAAGUUGAAAAACUCACACAAAGUGUCCAGCCGGCUGCAGAACUUCCUCGACCGUAUGCUGGUGCGCGAUCCGGUGCAACGGGCCACAGCAUCCGAACUGCUGGCCCAUCCUUUCUUGCGGCAAGCCGGUCCACCAUCGUUACUGGUACCGUUAAUGCGUGGAGCACGCCACAGUAACUGCUAAUUGGUGGGGCUUAACGACGAGUGGCGGCUUACGGUGAACGAACGCAAAACCAGAUUCAGCCAUUCACAACCAAAAGGAAUCUACAGUCUCUGUCAGCAAGGAGGAAGGCAUGAGAACAAGCAUGCUUUCCCAACAAUCGUGAGUAAUCUUCUUUUUUGUUGCAUUUAUAGAAAGUGAACAAGAUACAAAUGUUUGCAGUCAUAUCUGUUGCUAUUUGUACACUCAAGCAUAGCGUAGUAAUUAAUUUGGAAUCCGUUUGUAAGUAUGAGGGAAUCUCGUUAUUAAAUGCAGCAGCUAACCUGUUCAGGACUCGAGCGUUCAGGACACUGUCUCGUAAAGCGCCCCAUUAUUAACGAACGGGAGAGCUGUAAAUAUUUGACCGCGAAACGAUUAUUUGGAAUCUUCUACAACGAGAUCGUGUGUGUACACACACACACACGUACACAGUACAGUAGGCUUCUUAUACAUUCCAGUAUUUAGACGAACGAUAAAAUACUUAUUAAGGAUGUAGCUUUUUAGCCUCCAUGUUUUGCUUUUCGUCAAGCAAAAAUGUAAUCAAACUUCUAAAAAGCUAAAAAAAACAGGCCAUUGUUAAGAUUCUGUGUAAAUGUGGGUUUUUUUUUAAAUUUUAUAACCAUUUUCCCACUUGCAAGUGGUUGUGAAGUGUUUUAUUAUUACAAGCGAUAAAAACUAAGCUCUGAACAACAGUUAUGUUUAAAGUAAUGAUCAAGUAUUUGUUAUUAAUCACGCGAAAGCAUACGCGUAUUUUAAAACGGGAUAAUGUUAACAGUGAAUGUGUGUAAAGUUAAACUACUUGUUCAAUGUGUUUGAAAAUGCUAUUUUUUCACCUCACUACUCACACAGGCGUCAAUUAAGUAUCAGGGCAAAGAGAGUACAGUUGAAUCUCGCUUAAGGCAUGUAGAUGAGAGAGAGAGAGAGGUAAUCUACAGUAUACACCGUUUAGUAGCAUUUAUAUGUACUUCGAAGAUAGGAAGCAAGGAUGCUAAAUGAUAUACCCUCGGAACAAUUCAGUACUGCUUACUAACGCAUGAGACUGGUAGGAUGAUGGCCCGAUGGUGGUCCCAGGUGGUCGGCAAAUUAUGUGUCUUAAUAUGAAACAGUUGCGCAUUUGCGAACUAAUGCGAAAGAUACUAAUUAGCUAUGAGAAUGCCAGAGAAAGGUUAUCUAGAGAUUUUUUGAAUUAUACUCGUCUGCUCCGAAUGUGAGCUGCUGGGUGCCGACCACCGACCUAGCCCGUUAGAAUCUCCACUAAUGGUAACACAUUCCUUGUACACACACACACACAGCACCGAUACGGGAACGUAGUUCCGUCCACAUACUUACACACACACACACACGCAUGUGCCCCGGACAGGAUCGUUGUUUAAUGCGAUCGAAACAGUGUUGCAUACAAAAUACAAAGUAUUAGCGGUUGAGCAUGGGACGACGGAUGUAGGAGGAAGUAUGUUUAGCAUGCAAUCAGAACUUACAGGCAAGGCAAGAGUGACGCAUCAGAUCAGUGGCGUUAUUUUAUACAACGUACGAUUUUGGAAAUAAAUUGAUUGAAAAUCUUGAA